CCAACGAUUGCUUUCCGUUUGCGCAAUUCAUAAAUAGGAACAAACAAUCACAGAGUUAAAUGUAAUGUAUAUUGGAUUUGACAAAACGCGUAUUUAAUAUUUAUGAAACGCGAACAAAUCCAAUCUCUAACAGGACAACCAAAAUCAAGUAAGCUACGGUAAGUGGGUAUGAAAGAAGUAUAGAUUCAAAUUAAAGGAUGGAUUCAUCGGUAGAUGAUUUUGAGGUUGUUGAUGCUACCAAUGAUGAACAGAAAGAAGAGGGAUCCUCCGUGAAAAGUGAAGAACUCUGUGCAGGAGAAGAAUUCAGACCCUCCUUACAACUCUCCUCAUCAGGGGAAGAAAACCAAGCAACCAAUGUGACUCUGUCUUUGAAAGAUUUAGAUCUAGCUGACUUUAUUCUUGAUGACUUGUCUCUGGAUGGAAGUGAUCGCGAUUCUGAGUUUAGUUUUGUAGAAAUGCCUAAGGCACCUGAAACAGAAGUAGAGCCGGCCAUGGCCAUGAUGGGUGAAGAUUUUGCAACUACACCAGCAUCGUCAACAUGGAGUCUGUUGGACUGUGAUUUCAUUUCCGACAGCGAUGGAGAGCUUCCAGAAUCAGAGGAAAGCAGUUCCUGUUUAGCCAGUGAGGAAGAUGUAGAGAUACACAAGCAAGGAGAAAAAGAAGUCCCACCGACAGACACAGGCAAGGCAAACAAAAAGAGAGAAAAGAAAAAACGGAGAAAACGAAGGACAAAAAGGGAGGAAAGCAUGAUAAAGCAACUUUUUGGUGAACUGAGUAAAUGCCAAAAUGAGGAGGAGGAUAAACUGCCUGAUUUUGUAGAGGCUGGGUCUGCUCCCUCUGAGUCAGAUAUACCAAGCCUGGUAGUCCUGUGCAUGAGGAAGAUCCAUCUCUAUCGGAAACGGAAUCAGAUAAAGAAAUUCAUAAAAUCCUCAAACUUCCCUGUUGGAAUGAGAAAAACCGUUUUGUCUUCCAAUUUACAAUAUUCACUGACUAAAUCUAAUCUUUUAUGGCUUCAACAGAAUGUAUCAGCAUUUGAAAGCUUGAUGACCAAGGAGAUGAAUAAUGUGUACUCAAGAGACAAUGACAAGUUGAUGUUUUCAUUUUGCAUUUUAAGCAACCUUUGGAAGGAAAUGGAUAGUGCCAAUUCGGUGUUAAUUGAAGCAUGUUUUGAUAAUGGAAUAAAUGAUGCUUACUAUUUCUUUGAUAAGAGGGAAUGUUAUCUGGUUUAUGCAACACUGAUGACUUUUAUGAUGGAAAAUACAUCCAAGUAUGUUGAAGAUAAAGGAUGCAAUGGUAAAAAAUUUUCAAGAGCCCAAGGAGUUUCUGGAAAUUCUGGAAGCAAGCAGCUAGCAGUUGUACAUCAAUUUUUGAAAUCAAGGUACCCUAAGAUGACUGAGGUUUACUUCGACAAAAGUGUCCCCUAUGUGUACUGGGCUUGCGGAAAGUAUCGACAAUCCCUGCUGGCUUUUGUCAAACUGUACAAAGAGGGAUCACUGACUGAUAAGGAAAAGCUAUUCAUCAUUGGAGAAAUAGGAAGAAUGUAUGCCAUGAAAUAUGAGCCAGAAAAAGCCGUCAGAAUGUAUCGUCUUCUCGGGAAUUGUCUUAUACAGGCUAGGCCAUCUGAGAGUGAGAUGACGGAGUGCCAGACUUUAAUGCUCAUAGCAGACCUUCAAAAUCAGGGUGUGUUGACUGAAAGCAAGGCAAGAAACUUUCUGUCAUCUUGGAAAGCAGUAUUGAGAGUUUGUCCCACCAGCCGGUGUUCAGAUAUUUACCUAGAGACAGCAGAAUCACUACUGCGUUUACAUUUAGGCCAUCUACAGGAUGGAAACCAUUUGGAAAUGGUGAAAUGUAUCUUAAGGGAAUACAGCAAGCACAAUCACAAAAUUUUGUAUCAUCUGGCAUUUUUGAAUGCCAUCAUGGGGCACUCAAAAUCUUCAGACAUCAGCUAUGGGGAAUUCUUUAAAUGUUUUCAAGGACAAGACGCAGAUAUUGAUGAAGAGGCUAAAAAAUCUAUACCUGGGAUGCAGAUGGUGGAUAUCCUUAGAGAGAGAAAGCUGGCCCUGGUGCACCAACAUUAUGACCCCCUACUGUUAGCCGUUCAGAACCCAUUUGAGCCCUUGAUCUCAUUAGGUGGAGUUCCAGUUAUGAAAGUGAUAUGGAGACGUCAAUUUCAUUAUUCCUCGUACUAUACGGAUGAUAAAGGCUGUAGUGGAUUUGACAUUUCCAAUCCUGAUUUGAAGCUAAGAAUGACCAAAGAUGGCUUCAUCACGGGGGACUGUUCUAUGAUAUGUCCACCAAUAGCAAACAUUCUACUGAACCCACAUACAGGAUGCUUGACCUGUAAAUCUGAUUCUUCUGGAUUCAAUGCUUGGAAGAUGUUUCCCUUUAAAACAUCAGAAGAAUAUUAUUGUGAGGACUUAUGCACUCAUUUACCAAAUGUGGUGGAAAUUUUUCAUCACCAAGGCAAUGAUGCUUAUUUUGGCGGAAAUAGCCAACUUAAAACUGACCAAGUGAUCAAUGUACACUGGAGUGGACCUGGAAACCAAAGGGCCAAAUUCAGCCUGGUCCAAAAAUUGAAGGACUAUAUGUAUCAAAAAGUAGUGGCUGAAAUACCUGCCCAUGUGAUUGAUGGUGUAGAGCUUAAUAGAGAAGUGACUAGUCUUGUAGAGAAGUGGUACAAACAGGGACGGGCAAUAACCAGUAAUGUUGUAAAUAUAGCCGUUUCCGCUGUUAAAGAAAUGUUGGCAGACAAAAGAAAAAAGAAACAUAAAGCUAAAGGAUAUAAACCGUGUGAAUUCAAGAUGAGGUUUAUAUCUCAGCCUCAAAGGAUUGAAUCCAGUGCAGUGUUGCUCAGCAUUCAAGUUUCAGGGAAAUAUUUUUACGUGAUAAUAAAAUGCCAAGACAGAGAUAGUUUCAUAAAUCCAGUCAUAUUUCAAGCAUUUCAAGAUGACAUCGCAUUUACUUUCUCCAGAUCACCAUAUUUUUGUAUGAAGAGGCCUGAUUGGAAUACAAUUUACGACAUUGAAGGACAUGUAGUACGGAAAACUAACCUACGUCUUCACCUCUCCUGCCUCAACAUGACAAUUAUUGAAAGCAAUUUUAUCUUCUUCCAUCAGAAAAGGCUGGGUCUUCUUGACAUAAAUGAUGGAGAUACCAAAUACUUUGAUGAUUUCAUGGAGUGUGAAUUUGUUGGUGUACAACUGGACAUUUUAAUUUUAACAAAUGAAUAUGGAAUCAAGUUUGCAGAUGGAAGGAAGAAGUGUUUAAAACCCCUGACAAUUCUACUUGACAGUUCAAUAUUGCAAAGUGGCCUCCCCUUUAAGAUUAGUGAAAAUCGGGAACAAUUAAAUGGAAAUUUUUCUCAUGUCGAAGUACUCGCAGAGGAACUUGAAGAAACUGGCGCCUUUGCUGUUAACAACUGUGUCGUUCUGUUCACAGUGAACACCUCACAAGACAGUUUUAGGGAGAUAAACAUAAUAAAAGUCUUAGAACUGCCAGGAUUGCCAAUGAGGCUAAAAUUUCUUCACAAGUCACUUGGCUUCCUGGUCACAUGGACUCAACAUUCAAAGAAGGACAAAGAACACAAAUACAGAGAACACCUGUUUCAGUACAGUUACACUGGUCAGUUACUGGCUGUGCUCCCCUUUCUGGGUCAGUUACAGUCCUCCCUGUGUGUGGAGUACCUAGAGGAAGAUAAAGAAAUAACAAAAACAUAUCAAUCAUGUGGACAUAAGGGAUGGUACUUAUAUUUACAAGAUGGCAGACAGGGAGUCAUGUGUGUCAGGCUUGUCCAGGAGAGAGUGUAAUAAAGAUGUGUUCAGAGAGAGAGAGCGAGAGAGAAUGGAGUGAUGGACAUUUAAACAUAUACAAAUUUAAUAUAUAGUUGUUAGAUAGAGUUUCACUUAUGUGAGAAAGCUCAAGAUGCUAAGGUAAACUUAGAUCAAUAGUUUUGUGUAAGGGUAUUACAUUUAAUAUGAAUGUUUUCUGAAACAUUCAUUUUACCUUAAAGAGUUUUGUAAUUUAGGUAUGGAGAUUUUGAUUUUCUCUAUGCUAGAUGGUUUUUUCAAUCCAGUUUUGGAUAUCUGUGAUACUAUUUUAUUUUUUGAUUUAUUUAGCUCACCUGAACCCAAGGCUCAAGUGAUGAUUGCCGAUUAAUAACAUGUCUCAAAUGUCUGAAAUUAUUUUCACAUUUUUUCUCCAGGAAAUACUGAUUCAGUGUGUCACAAAGCAAUUCUUGAGGAAUGAAUUUUCAUAUUUGUACAAAUGGAGAGUCACACCAUUUUCAAGGGAAGUUACUCAAAAAAAUAUUGAAAAGGGUGGGGCACUUCAAGAUCUCGUCAAGAAUCAGUAAGCCAGAAAAAAUAGGUAUUGUAUUACAGCUUCUUUGAAAAGUUAACAUGAUCUCAGGUCAUGAUAUGGGGUCAAGGGUAGAAAUAAAUAUCUUAAAAAAUCAUCUCUAAAAGAACAGCAGGACCAUGAUUAAUUCACAGUGACAUAAGCAUGUUAGGAUAUUUAUAAGUACAGUUUGAAGUUCAAAAUUUCAAAUAAUGAUCAUCUAGGCAGAGAGAGGUAAAAAUUUACAAAAGUAACAAGCGUUUAGAAAAAAGGUGCGGAAAACCAAGUAGGACAGACUGACAGACAGACGGGGACAGACAGAUAGUCCAUAGUCUAUCAUACUGAAAGAAAAGCAUCUUCAUGUAGAGAUUCAAGAACAAAUUAUAUGGAAAAUGAGGUACUAAAAUUAUUUUUAAAAGCAAGAAUGACAAAGACCACAUUUUGUUAUAAAAUAUAAACUAACCAAAUAAUAGGCUUGUGCCCACGAUACAAGACUUCACUUUUAAGUCUGUGAAUGCUGUAUGUUAUGAUGGAAAUCAGAAAUUUAAUUUGAAAUUUCUGUGGGAGGCUUUAUUUACGUGUAUUUAAAUUUCAAAAGAGGUUUGCGUCAGGUGUACAUUGUUGCCCAUGGGCCUCUUAAUGGUAUAUUUGUAUACUGUUAAGACUUGAAAACCUCAUUUCUUCCCAUAUGCUCUGUGAUAUAUUUUUUUUUAUUAAAAGUACAUGUAUUUUUAUUAAAUUCA